AUGAUCCGGCUGGCCCUUACGCUGCUUUUAGUCAAGGGUUCUGGAUCUACUGAGCUGACCCCAGAGGGCUAUGCAGAGAUCCUGGCGACCAACUCGCCCGAAAAGAAGGAGGAGUUCAUCGAAACCGUCGUGACCCAACAGCUUCAUGGCUACGUUACCAGCGACGAGGGCCUCAAGAACUUUGCAGCCACGGCGCCUGCUUCAUGGCCGCUGCUGCUUUCACAGCUCAAUGGUGCCCCGUGGCUUUGCGGCGGCGCAACAGGGCGCCUUUGCGACAACCCGCUCACUGCCCCGUUGAACCCACAGGGCUGGGCAUCUGUGCUCCGUGCCAACGAAACGGCCCGGGGAGUUUUUGCCCGACGCAUUGCCGUGGAGCGGUUGCACGCGAAGGUCACCAACGAUCAGGAGCUCAUGGACUGGGCCAGGACCGCCCCGGACACCUUUGAUGCGGCCUUGGCUGAGCCAGCCCAGCGUUGGCUUGCCCCGAGCUCAAAGAAGCUGAGUUCCUCUGCGGCGGGGAGACGGGUCAGAGGCCUUGGCUUUUGUGAUGCAGCAUUGGACUUGGCCUACAUGAACGCAGCCUCUUCUCGACAAAGUGUUAUCGAGCUGGUGGUCUCUGCCUUCCAUGACGACCCAGGCUUUCAAUGGGUCAUCGGCUCCGAGCAGGGAUCCGCGGGUCAAUACGUACGCUACAUCACCUGGAUUGCUCGCCUGGUAGCACACGUGGUGCCCGCUGUGGGCGGCACGGCCCUGGGCGCAGUGUCUGACGAGGCCUUGCUGGGGGUGGCCCUGCUGCUUCCUCCGGGAGCUGAUCUUGAGGAUGCUGGCCUGGGGAAGCUCACCGGCGACCAAGGUCCCGUGGGCAGUCCUCCAUUCCAACCCAACAAGGCGACCCAAAGCAAGGACGUCCUGGCUUGGGCAACAGCGGCACGACGAAGAGACCGAGCCCUGGGCCGCUCUACGGGCGAGACACACCGUGCGUUGGCGCCCAUGCCGCACUGGUACUUGUGGAUCCUCGGCGUUCACCCGGAAUCACAAGGACGAGGCGUAGGGGCAGCUCUGCUGGCCGAGAUCCAGACGAUGCAGGACCGCGACAGGGUUCCCUGCUACUUGGAGACGAGCAAAUGGACAAACGUCCAGAUCUACUCCAAAAAGAGCUUCAAGCUCGAGCGAGAUUUCGUGGUGCUCGCCAAAGACAAGAAGGGACAAAUCCACGACAGGUUCGACCUUGAUGGCGGCAUGCACGCCAUGAUCCGUUUUCCAAACGCCGGUAUUGCCAAGCUUUGA